AGGGAGGGAACUGGGCUGGUGGGCGCCGGCGGCGCACAGCGGGACCCACGGAGCCCCGCGACCCGCCGAGCCUGGAGCCGGGCCGGGCCGGGGAAGCCGGCCCCAGCCCGGAGCAAACUUCGCCGCCGGGCGGGGGGUGGCGGGGACCCCGUCCGGAGCCCGAGGAGGGAGCGGCCGCGGGCCCUCCCGCCUCUCCUCCCGCGUCUCCCGGCACCAUGCUGUCCAACUCCCAGGGCCAGACCCCGCCGGUGCUGUUCCCCAACCCGCCACCGCCGCCACAGCCCCCCGCCCCGGCCCAGCUGCCGCCGCAGAUCCCGCAGCAGUUUCCCCAGUUCCACGUCAGGUCGAGCCUUCAGAUCAAGAAGAACGCCAUCAUCGACGACUACAAGGUCACCACCCAGGUCCUGGGGCUGGGCAUCAACGGGAAAGUUUUACAGAUCUUCAACAAGAGGACCCAGGAGAAAUUCGCCCUAAAAAUGCUUCAGGACUGCCCCAAGGCCCGGCGCGAGGUGGAGCUGCACUGGCGGGCCUCCCAGUGCCCACACAUCGUGCGGAUCGUGGACGUUUACGAGAAUCUGUAUGCCGGGAGGAAGUGCCUACUGAUUGUCAUGGAGUGUUUGGAUGGUGGAGAACUGUUUAGCCGAAUCCAGGACCGAGGAGACCAAGCAUUCACAGAAAGAGAAGCAUCAGAAAUUAUGAAGAGCAUUGGUGAAGCCAUCCAGUAUUUGCACUCAAUCAACAUUGCUCAUCGGGAUGUCAAGCCCGAGAAUCUCUUAUACACCUCUAAAAGGCCCAAUGCCAUUCUGAAACUCACUGAUUUUGGCUUUGCCAAAGAAACCACCAGCCACAACUCGUUGACCACUCCUUGUUAUACGCCGUACUACGUGGCUCCAGAAGUGCUGGGCCCAGAGAAGUAUGACAAGUCCUGUGACAUGUGGUCCUUGGGUGUCAUCAUGUACAUCCUGCUGUGUGGGUACCCACCCUUCUACUCCAACCACGGUCUUGCCAUCUCUCCGGGCAUGAAGACUCGCAUCCGGAUGGGCCAGUAUGAAUUUCCCAACCCAGAAUGGUCAGAAGUAUCAGAGGAAGUGAAGAUGCUCAUCCGGAACCUGCUGAAAACAGAGCCCACUCAGAGAAUGACCAUCACGGAGUUUAUGAACCAUCCCUGGAUCAUGCAAUCAACGAAAGUCCCCCAAACCCCACUGCACACCAGCCGGGUCCUGAAGGAGGAUAAGGAGCGGUGGGAGGAUGUCAAGGAGGAGAUGACCAGUGCCUUGGCCACAAUGCGUGUCGACUAUGAGCAGAUCAAGAUAAAAAAGAUUGAAGAUGCAUCCAACCCUCUGCUUCUGAAGAGGCGGAAGAAAGCUCGAGCUCUGGAGACCGCAGCCCUCGCUCACUGAGCCGCUCAGCCCGGCCUGCUCCACUGGAGGACAAGCAAUAACUCUCACCUGGAUAUAUUUUUUAAAUGAAGAGACACAGAGCUGUGCACUUCUGCCUCCCCUCCUGCAUGGAACCCAGAGCCUCGUGAGAGGCGGAAUUCUGCCUUGGGUUCUGGCCACCCCAGAGAGGGAGAGGUUGGGAGGUCGGGAGGGCAUGGAGAGAAGGGAGCAAGAUGCUCUUGAACCUGUGCUCAUUUUGCAGUUUUAUCAGUAAUUUGACUUAGAAUUUUUAUGAAACUUCUUUUACUGUUCUUCCCCCACUCCUCCUCUCUCCCAACCCCCUUCCUCUUGUUAAUGGGUAUUUGUGGAAAUGUUAUAGGGAGUGUCCCAUGUUGUCCCAUCUGUCCCAUUUCCCCACUACAGCCUGAGGUUCCCUCUGGCUGAGGCGUUCCCGGAGCUCAAGGCCAUGGAGGGCUGGGGCCAGGAUGCCACCCGCCUCCUCUAUGGAGCCCUCAGGCAUCACCAGUGUGCCAGAUGGAUGGGUGUGUGUGUGUGUGUGUGUGUGUGUGUGUGUGUGUGUGUCUGGAUCUGUUCCUGGGACUGCAUUUGUGGGGCCAGGGGCAGGCAGGGCUGCAAGAACCUUCUGCCUUGGGCCUGCCCUGCCCGUGUGGGGCCUGCCACAGUGCCUGGGAGUCUGUCCAGACCCUGAGCUGGCCCUCCUGGCCUGCCUCUGUUAGCUGGUUCCUGGAGGUGGACGGGGGUGACUUAGGCACUGGCACGCAAUCAGGAAAACUGGACCCCUUGCCCCCUAGGACCCUGACUCCCCAUGUAGUGCUGAGUCCUAGUCCGCUGAGGAGCUGAUCGACCGAGUAACUUCUGUUUCCCUUUCUGCCAUUAUUAACACGUUCUUGUUUAUUUUUCUUACAUUUUUAGCCAUUUCUCAACAGGCCUCCUCUCAGCUCUCAUGGGUGAGCCUGAGCAGUUUAUAAGUGACACAAAGCUUCUGCAUUAUGCCCCGGGCUCUGGGGGCAUCAGCCAGCUACCCCUGUGGGCAAAGGCAACACCACUUUUGUGGUCCGCCUGCACAUUUCCCUUGUGUGGCCUAGUGGGUGGGUGGGAGGAGGUCUUCGUACCAAAGAUGUCCCGACUCUGCCCCUUCCCCAUUAGCCACUUCACCCCCACCCCAAACAACGGCUUCACGUGUCCCAGCCAGUGAGGGGAAGGUCCUCCCCCAGUGUCACUGAGGAGCAGCAUGGGAGGGGAGGUCCUCUGUGCUAUGGUCCCUUUGGGGCAGGGGUGGCAGUAGUACUUCAGCUUUCAUCUCCCUCAGGGCAGGAUGGUGGAGGGCACCCAGGGGCUUCUCUGGCGUGGGGGAAGGGCUCCGAGUGCCUGCAGCCUCUCCGGUGUCUGAUGGUGUGUCCAGCACUCAGAUUGUUGUAAACUGUUGUUGUUUUGUAUGAGCGAAAUUGUCUUUACUAAACAGAUUUAAUAGUUGAAAGUUUCCUUUCUCUUCCUUCAUGGGGCCCAGCCCCUCGACUCCCCCACCUCUUCUCUUCCCACGUGUGGCGAGUGGUCCUGUAUGUUAGGAGGGCAGAGGCCGAGUGUCUUGGGAGAGGAGGGAGGAGGAGAGGAGAGGGCAGAGGAGAGCCUCCUGGGUGGGCGGGGCCAGUGCCUGCCCUGUGGAGGGCCUGACAGGUCGGUGUAGCAGCAUGAAUGUUGCUCUCCAGAGCAGGGGGAAGGUGCCAGUAAGUGCUGGGGAGCCCGUGCUCUUUUGCCAAAUACUGAAUCGGGAGCCUUGUUACUUCUUGGCACAUGAUUCUUUGACCUAUUUAGCCAUAGCCAGACACUGGCAUCCUCAGCCUGGCUGGGCUGUCGGGCGUGAGGGUCCGGGGG